CGUUGGGGAGUGCAGUCAGACUAUCAAUGGCAGGAUACCAGCUCUGGUCACCAUGGACCCCCCUAGAUGAGAAUUUGCAAUGGCUGCGGAGAACAACACCUACAUUUGCCUCCAAACAUCCUUUUAGGGUCUCACCUUUCUUUCCACAGAGCCCUUCUGAUCUUGAAGUACAUCAGUGCUUUCAUGAAGUUGCUGUAGUCUUAGAGAGACCCAGGACGGAAGCUGUGAAGAGCUCAGAGUUAUCUGGCCACCCACCUGAUCCCCAGAGAGGAACAGCAGCCAGGAAGAAGCGAGUGAUUAAGAAGCCCCAGCCCAUCCGUCUCAUUGGAUUGGAUUCAGUCUUUGGCAGGGUUAUUACCAUCCAGCCACCCAGGUGGACUGGAACCUUCAGAGUUUCUGAAACAUCAGCCUUCAGCAAAAUUGUCAGUAAAGACCAACAGUGGCCCACUGGCCUCAAGGAGCAACAGAUUGAGAUGACAAUGGCCAUGUGCAAACAGAUGCUACGCUCGAUUCUUCUGCUGUAUGCAAUAUACAAAAAGUGUACCUUUGCCUUGCAACACUCCCAGUAAAGUGUUUCCAUCUGAUCCCAGUACUUCACACAAUACUGUAUGGUAUGUACUGGUGCUUUCAAAUUCCUGUUUGUAUAAGUCAAACUGUAACCUCAUAUUUGAUAUUUUGCCCUUCUGUCAAGCUAUAAUUGCCUAGAAGUUCUGCUCCUUCCUUUCUCUUCACAAGCAGGGCCAACAAGACUGAGCAAGGAAGAACAUUUCUGUUUGAAAGCUGAAUGGACAUUUAAAAGUUAAACUACCAUCCAUCAUCAUGCUCAUAUGGUACUGAAGAGUCAGACAAACCACUCAAGUCAGCCAGUCCAGUAUGAACAUACUCAAGCCCCAAAGAUAACUGAAGAGGUUAGGGGAGAAAAGGGACUUUAUAUAUACAUAUAUAUCAAGACAUGUAUGAUUUUCUGACUACCAGAAGAUGAAGCAAUCAAAAGCCAAAAUCUUUGUGUGCGUUAAGGACCAAUUUGAGAACAGCUGCCAUCAUCAAACAGAUUAUGACCACAGAAACCUAACCAUAGGACCCUAAUAUCAAUGUGGGUAAAAAUGUUAAAAAAUAUUAAGUAAUCCUUACAGCCUGACAAGGAUUAAAUUGAUAGCAAUUUUGUGACUGGACAUUUUGUUGGAAGACAUAAGCGUUCCCACAUUAGCUUCUGGUAUUCUAGUUCCAAUAAACCAUCAUUGUUUUAUUC